UCCAUCAGAGACAAAUGAGCUGUGCAGUGUGUUGGUCAGAACAGAGAACUCCUUCACCCAGCAGGUCAACGUCUCCUCUGCAUCAUGACGACCCUGGACAGAGCUGAACUCUGCUACCCUGAGCUCCUGAACUCAUCAUGCAGGGGUCCAACGCGUCCCCGCUCUGACGCCGUCCUCCUCUACACGCUGCUCUCCUCCAUCUCUGUGCUCACUGUAGCUCUCAACCUGCUGGUCAUCAUCUCCAUCUCCCACUUCAAACAGCUCCACACCCCCACCAACGUCCUCCUCCUCUCCCUGGCCGUCUCCGACCUCCUGGUGGGGCUGCUGGUGAUGCCGGUGGAGACGGUGCGUUUCAUAGAAGCCUGCUGGCUGCUGGGCGACCUCAUGUGCGCUCUGUCUUACAUUAUUGGCUUCACGCUCACCUCGGCCUCUGUGGGGAACAUGGUGCUCAUAUCCAUAGAUCGCUACGUAGCUAUUUGUCAUCCUCUGCAGUACGCCAACACGAUCACUCACAGCAGAGCCGAGGUGUCUGUGAGUCUGUGCUGGGCCUGUUCACUCCUCUACAACGGUCUAAUAUUAAAGGACCAUCUCAGGCAGCCAGACCGAUACAACUCCUGCUACGGGGAGUGCUUGGUGGUGAUUAACUACGUCUCCGGAGCCGUCGACCUUGUGUUCACUUUCAUCGGCCCGUGCUCGGUCAUCCUCGUUCUGUACUCGAGAGUGUUCGUGGUGGCCGUGUCUCAGGCUCGUGCCGUGCAGUCUCACGUUACAGCCGUUGCCGCCGGCACAGUCACAAUCACGGCAAAGAAAUCGGAGAGAAAGGCAGCCAGGACUCUGGGUAUUGUGAUCCUGGUGUUUUUGUUGAGUUUCUGUCCAUAUUACUAUCCUUCUCUUGCGGGACAGGACACCUCCAACAGUGCUUCGUCUUGGGCCAUCGUGUCCUGGCUGCUGUAUUUUAAUUCUUGUCUGAACCCGCUCAUAUAUGCUUUUUUCUAUCCAUGGUUUAGAAAAGCCAUCUGGUUCAUUGUCACUCUGAAGAUACAGCAUCAGGGCUCCUCUCAGGCAAAUAUACUCUGA